AUGGCACUUGGAAAAAUAUUUCAAAACAAUCGUAAGACAGAACCUACGUCUGUCUUUUCGUUACGACUUAUUGUAACGGCACUAUUUGGAAUCAUUCUGGUUGGAUACUCUAUAUUUUUGAUUUUGGAUAUUUGCAAUGAUCAUCCAGCUAUUCAAAGCUCUUUUAUUGAAACAAAUUCAAUGCCCGUUCCAGUGUUAAUGAUUUCAAAUAUUCCCAAAAAAUCUUAUUUAAAUUGUUAUUUUACAUAUGCUGCUAAUAGUGCACGCGAAGAUAAUAAAGCAUGUGCCCAAUACAUAGGACAGCCCGUAUUGAACACCACCUCAAAGUAUGAUGGUUAUUUUAAAACUAAUGGUGAUUUGUUCUUCUCAACAAGCUCUAAUGAAGGCCUGAAGAACAUUGGGAUUAUGAUUUAUAUUGAUGAUGUCACAUAUAAUGCAAGUGAUCCAUCAAUGUCUAUAGAUAUUCGCGCUAUUGAUUCAGAUCUCGAAAGAAUACCUUAUAUUACUUCUAUGAUUGAAUCUUCUCUUAUUUCGAAUACUACGGGAUCUCAAUCAUUAUUUUCCACAAUAAAUAUCAAACCAAAAUCAUUUAUAGUUCAAGUAUCAACUUCUCUUGGAUUAUUUGGCGGUUUAUUUGGACUAAUCACAAGUUUUUAUGCAUUACUCUUUGGUGCAAGCGCUAUUAAACCACUUGGUUUGGUUCAAAGACAUCUUUUCAAAGUUAAGCGAAUUGUACAAGAUAAUUUGAUAAUUACUUUCGAAUCAAUGCCAUUCAUUAGUCAUUUAAUUCACGAUACAAAUGGUUUGAAAGAAGAUGAAAUUUCAACUGAACAACUUGAAAAAAGAUUAGAUUUGCUACAGUUAUUUUUAAGAGAUUAUGUAGUAAACGUGCAAUAUUUAGAAAAAAUUCAACAAUCCAAUACAUCUAAUAUAGUAAAUGAUGAAGAACCCGAUAGCGACAAACAUAUAUAA